GUCCAUUUAGAGUCAAACAGACCAUAAAGCAGGGGAUGCUUUAGGGCGGGGCUACACAGUGAUUGACAGGACUCUACAGCUAACAGAGACGUAUACUGUACAGCGUCUCUAUGUAACUCCUCCACAGUCCAAAUAUGGUCACUUUCCUUCACUGGUUGCAAAAAGCCAAGAUGGUAACGACCAAAAGGCCAAACUCGAGGCUUCAAAAUGUCAGUCCACAGACUAAUGUGUGACUUCACAACGACUACAUCCACUUCUUGUAUACAGUCUAUGCUUAACACACAGAGAAAGUAUUCAUAUUCGAUAAAAUGUUGAACUUUUCUGUUACAAUCCCUUAUAAUCUACCAGGUUUGUUGGGAUUGUAAUGAGAGGUCUUUUCUUCAGGUCUACAGGCCGUGUAAUAUGUUCUUGUCUGGGACUUAAAUGUUCUGUCAAAGCUUUACACGUCAUUUGUCCUUUUGACUUUGCUCACUCUUCGCUCUGCUCAGAAUCAUUGUAUGUAAUAAGCAGGUUCCUCACUGCCUCUUCUUUCUCUCUAGCUUCGUCCUUCCUAAAGCAGGCGCUGGAGGGAGAGUAUCCCAAGCUGUUGCAACUGUACAACGAGCUGUGGCGCCGCCUGCAGCAGUACAGCGCCAGCCUGCAGGGGGCGCUAACAAGCAGCGGAGGUAUGGACACAUCUCUGGACAUCACCGCCACAGAGACUGACAGCCAGGACCUCUUCACACACGGAACACAGGACUACAACCCAGAGAAGGCUCUGAAGGACUCUCUGCAGCCGUACGAGGCCGCCUACCUUUCCAAGUCGCUCUCUCGCCUGUUUGAUCCCAUCAACCUCGUGUUCCCUAUGGGCGGCCGCAACCCUGCCUCCAACGACGAGCUGGACAGCAUCAUCAAGACCAUCAGCAGUGAGCUGAAUGUGGCGUCAGUAGAUCCAAAGCUCUCUCUGGCUGUGUCCAAGAAUGCUGCUAAGACCGUCCAACUCUUCUGUGUCAAGUCUGAACAACUGCUGUGCACUCAGGGGGAGGCCAGUCAGGUGAUUGGUCCAUUGACAGAGGGCCAGAGGAGGAAUGUUACUGUGGUCAACUCCCUUUAUCGUCUGCAGCAGGCCAUCGCCAAGAUUAUUUUAGGAUUGGCGUCAUGUCCACCAGUGGCUGCAGAGGCUCUCUCUUCUUCUUUGGAGGUAUCACAAUUUUGCAUUCAAUUUACACUAGUUUAGUUUGUAUAUUUAUCAUGAAAGCUAUGACUAUCAUUAUGACACAAAGUUUCGUUAUGCACACUUGUAUGGUAGAAGAUGAACUGUGUAUUUUGCCAGCUGCAGAACUGCAAUAACAUAAUCACAGAAAACGUCUACUUUAUUGUAAUGGAACUUUUUGUCAAUUUGUAAAAGACCUGAAGCUCAAAACCUUUUAUCAUAACUGUGAAUUAGAGGGCUUCACAAUCUGUACAAGAUACGACCCGCGGCAGUCCAGGCCUAUAGAAGCUUAUCUAGUGGCUGGUGCUAGGCAAACCUGAGCCGGCCCCAACUAUGAACCUGAGUCGACCCCAACUAUGAACCUGAGUCGGCCCCAGCUAUCAACCUGAGUCGGCCCCAGCUAUCAACCUGAGUCGGCCCCAGCUAUCAACCUGAGCCGGCCCCAGCUAUCAACCUGAGCCGGCCCCAACUAUCAACCUGAGCCGGC